UCCAACAAGACCCUCCGCCGGUUCUCAACGCCAGAACUUGUUUCCGGCCUUCCCCUUCUCUCUCUCUCCGCUCCGAGAAAGAUGCCACGAAACCGCCAACGAAAGCCCUCGCUCGCCCCGAUCCCUUCUUCGCCCAAAUCACUGAAACUCUCGCCCGAUCCCUACCCGGACCUCGCAAUCCCCACACCCGAGCAAUGCCUGGCCGUCCGAGACGCGCUCCUCGACCACCACGGCUUCCCGGAGGAGUUCGCCCGCUACCGGAGGUCCUCCGACGGCCGGCUGGCGGGAGGACCCGAGACGCCCUCUGAUGGCUCUGAGACCGGACGGGGAGUUUUUGGGGAGACCAUUCUUGACGGGCUGGUGAGCACUCUCUUGUCCCAGAACACCACGGAUUCCAACUCCCGGAGGGCAUUCGGGUCCCUCAAAUCCGCUUUCCCCACCUGGGAUCAAGUUCUUGCUGCGGAAUCGAAGCUCAUAGAGAAUGCCAUAAGGUGUGGGGGUUUGGCUGCAACGAAGGCGGCUCGGAUAAAGAGCAUUCUGAAGGCAGUGCUGGAGAAGAGGGGUGAGAUUUGCCUCGAGUACUUGAGGGGCAUGUCGGUAAAUGAGGUCAAGGCUGAGCUAUCUCAGUUCAAGGGGAUUGGACCAAAAACGGUGGCAUGUGUUUUGAUGUUCCAUCUUCAGCAUGAUGAUUUCCCAGUGGACACUCAUGUAUAUCGGAUUACAAAGGCAAUUGGAUGGGUCCCGGAGAAAGCAGACAGGGAAAAGGCAUAUCUCCAUCUGAAUAGGAAGAUCCCUAAUGAGUUGAAGUUUGACCUGAAUUGUCUUCUUGUAACUCAUGCAAGCAGAAUGGAGAAGGAUGCAGCAGAACCAGGUAUAGAUCCUAAGGAUGCCCCUCUCAUCUCCAACAACAGGGAAGAGAAGCCGUUCCGGCUGUUUGGCUUCGUGCUUGAUCCUUGUAAACGAGGGGACGUCGAGGAGAAAUCCUCUAUGCCUGUCUUGCACCAAGGGGAGAAACCAGACACGGAGGGAAGUUCCGGUGGUGGUCUGGAGGCGAGGAGGUAUGGGUGCCAGUUCUGCUUCAAGGAAUUCGCCAACUCUCAGGCCCUGGGGGGCCACCAAAACGCCCACAAAAGGGAGAGGAUGAAGAGAAGGAGAUUGGAGCUUCAGGCCAGAAAGGCUCGCAUCAAUUGCUACCUUCAACCCCUGAUCAAGAGCCACAGCUCUGAGUAUAAUUAUUCGAACCCAUGGAUCUAUGAUCCUUCUAACUGCAUGCCUGAGUUUAUGCUCUUUGAAGAAUCCCAUGGGAGUUUCAAGCCUGUUGAUCAGAGCGUGUCGUCUGGUGGAUUCUUUGCUGCCAAACCACCUUCUCUAACGACGCAGUUGCCCGUCCAGCAGAGUACGUGCACGUUCGGUGGCAUCAUGCAGCCAAGCAAUUCCAAGGAGAAUCGGCCUGUCAUCGUCAAAACUUUACCCUCGCCGAUUCCCAAGCAAAACUGUAAAUUUUUGGAUCUAAAGUUAGGGCUGGAUGUGCCGUCCGAUGUCUAGACGUGAUGUAAUUGAUGUUGCUGUUAUCCAUGUAGGGAUGUACCAGUCGCCCUGCCGUUUCUUUGGGCAUGCACGAGAGCAUGCAUGGCAUGUGUGUCCUACGAUGGUAUUACUGGGAAGCGAGGGUGACUCCUAGCACAUGUACGUGUAUGUAUAUAGUAUAUUUUGUAUGUCAGUAGGAAAAAGAAAAAAAAAACUCAUUUUUGUACACAGAAGUAGAGUAAAAAUUAGGC